AUGGCUUCGAUUGAUCUUAUCGAACGUCUUGUACAAGUGCUUCGCGAUACUGUACAAAAUGUGGAUCAAAUGAGCGUCAAUGAUAUUCAUUAUUGGUUAGAUAUGUGUAAUUCUACUAUUAAUGAAUUAAAUGAAAAAAUUUCUAAAUCCAAUCUCACGAGAGGAGAAAAACAGAAAUGUCAAACUUAUUUGACGCAUCUUUCGUGUGUGCAAGUAGAAUUUGAACAUAAUCUUCAUCGAGGAGGUAGUCUGCAUGCUGAAGAAGCAGAAGCUAGAGUUGAGUGGCGUGAUGUGCAAUCAGCCUUCCAAAAUCGAAUCAGGACAGGUGUGGUUGUUAACAUAAAGCAUGUGGACAUAUUGAGUUUUUUUAAUGAUGCACUGAAGCUCUUCAAAGUUAAGACACAAGCAUGUUUAGAAGAAUAUAAUGCGGUGAAAAUCAAUUCAGAUUUUAUUUCAGAAUUUACAAUGCAAAAAAAUGGUGAAGAAACGACAGAUAUUAAAUAUUUUACGAGUGAGAGUGCUACAGUAUACAUGUCAACAGAUUUAGAGAAAUGGUUUACAGACAAUAUUAAAGAGCCCAUUCUUUCGCAAUUAGAAGAAUUUCAAGAAAAGGAUUCAGGCUGGACACUGAAAAGUAUUAUAAGUUUAUGUAUAAAUAUGAAAAAAUAUUCUCCAAUUAAGGGAAGUUCUUAUAUUCCUCUUCCAAAGUUUAUUGAAAAUAAAAAAGCUUGUGUUAACGUUCAUAAUAACGACGAUCAGUGUUUUAAGUAUGCUGUUCUUUCAUCAUUAUAUCCAAGUAACAAAAAUGCUAGUAGAGUUAAUCAGUAUCGAUUGCAUGAAAAUGAAUUAAAUUUUGCUGGUAUAGAAUUCCCAGUAAAACUUAAAAGUAUUCCGAAAUUUGAAAAACUGAAUAAUAUUUCAGUAAAUGUAUACAGGCUUAGAAAGUAUGGCCACAAAUUCGAAGUAUCACCUUGUCAUAUUACGACAGAGAAGAAGGAAAAACAUGUAAACCUUCUCAUCAUUCAAGAUUUUUAUAUAGAUGAGCAUGAAGAAAAUAAUCGUGCUGAUGAAGGUGACAUGCCUAAAUAUCAUUACGUUUGGAUAAAAAGUAUGUCUCGACUUUUGAGUUCUCAAGUGUCUAAAACUCAUUUAAAAUCUUACCAUUGUGAAAGAUGUUUACAAAUAUUUUAUACCGAGGAAAGAUUGAAAAUGCAUGAAAGCGAUUGUAAAAAUUUAAAUGAUUGUCGAAUAAAUUUGCCUGAUUGUAAGAAUAAUAUUCUCAAAUUCGAAGAUUACAGUAAGAGUGAAAAGGUUCCUUUUGUUAUUUAUGCAGAUUUUGAAUGUUUAUUGAAGCCUACUGAGAAUGAGAAUGCUUUCCAACUGCACGAAGCAUACAGCAUAGGAUACUUCAUAAAAUGCAGUUUUGAUGAUAGCUUAUCUGGCUAUAGAUCAUACAGAAGAAAAAAUGAAGAAGAAGAGACAGCUGUAGCAUGGUUUGUUAAAGAAUUAAAGUCAAUUGGUGAAAAAAUUGACGUACUCUACAAGAAUCCAAAACCAAUGAGACUCACAGAUUUAGAGGAAAUAUCUUUUCGGAGAUCAUCAACUUGUCAUAUAUGUCGGAAACCAAUCACUGGUGAAGAACUUGCUGUACGAGACCAUUGUCAUCUCACAGGGCGUUUCAGAGGUGCAGCUCAUAAUUCUUGUAACUUGAAUUAUAAGGAUUCAAGAUUCAUUCCUGUGGUUUUUCAUAACCUCAAUUACGACACUCAUUUUAUUUUAAAAGAGAUUGCUACUUCUACGUUGAUGAAAGGACGAGUAAAUUUAAUACCUCACAAUAAGGAGAAAUAUAUUUCUUUUACAAAAUACGUGGAUGACUGCAACAUAAGUUUUAGAUUCAUAGAUUCUUGGCGUUUUCUACCUUCAUCAUUGGAAAAGCUUGCAUCAUAUCUGAAAAAUGUGCCGAUAGCAGUAAAGGAAUUUCGAUCAGAUGGACUUACAGAUGAAAAGAUAGAUUUCCUUCGACGAAAAGGUGUAUUUCCAUAUGAUUUUGUAAAUGGAUUAGAUAAGUUGACGACUACAAAAUUGCCAGAAAAGAAUGAUUUUUAUAAUAAGCUAACAGAUUCUCAUAUUGCUGAAGAAGACUAUAAGCAUGCUGUCCAAGUUUGGAAUAAGUUCAAUAUUAGUACGUUGGGAGAAUAUUCAGAUCUUUAUCUGAAAACCGAUGUUUUACUAUUGGCCGACGUUUUCGAGAGUUUUCGAGAAACAUCUCUUAAAGCCUAUGAUUUAUGUCCUGCUCACUUUUAUACGACUCCUGGACUAACUUUUUCAGCAGCUUUAAAAAUGACAAAGGUAGAAUUGGAGCUUCUUACAGAUAUUGACAUGCUAAUGUUUAUUGAAUCGGGCAUUCGAGGUGGAAUAAGUCAGUGUUGUAAUCGAUAUGCCAAGGCAAACAAUCCAUAUAUGGGCUCUUCAUACGAUAAGGAUCAGAAAACAAAGACUCUCUUAUAUUUUGAUAUUAACAAUCUUUAUGGAUGGGCAAUGGUACAGCCUUUACCAGUUGGAAAAUUCAAAUGGAUUGAAUAUGAGACAAAUCCAAAUUUUUUUAAUACACCACCAGAUUCUGAUAUUGGCUAUUUUGCUGAAGUUGACUUGGAGUAUCCCGAAGAAAUACAUGAUGAUCAUAGGGAUUUACCUUUUUGCGCAGAACAUCUUGCACCACCUGGCUCAAAGCAGAAGAAACUUUUCACGACUUUAAAUGACAAAAAAAGAUAUGUCAUUCAUUAUCGAGCACUUAAGCAGGUUUUAGAUAAUGGACUUCGAUUAAAAAAGGUGCAUAGGAUUUUGAGUUUUGAGCAGAGGGCGUGGCUCAAACCAUAUGUUGAAUUUAACACAGAAAAGCGAAAGCAGGCAAAGAAUGAGUUUGAAAAACUCUUCUACAAAUUGUUAAUUAAUGCAGUCUAUGGAAAGUGUAUUGAACGAGAGCGGAAACGUGUAGAUGUGCGAUUAGUAAAUAAAUUUACAGGCAGAUACGGAGCAGAAGCACGCAUAGCUCUACCAAAUUUUCACAGUUGUGCAAUCUUCGAUGAAAAUUUGGUUGCCAUUCAGCUGAAGAGGACAAGUAUUACAAUCAAAAAACCAAUAUACGUUGGUCUCUCAAUUCUAGAUUUGUCAAAAACACUAGUAUAUGAUUUUCAUUAUUCAUAUAUGAAGAAGCGAGUUGGAGAAAAAUGCAAACUCCUUUAUACGGACACCGAUAGUUUAAUAUAUGAAGUUGAGUAUGUUGAUAUGUAUCAAGUAAUGAAAGAAGAUAUACAUAAAUUUGAUACUUCUGAUUAUGACGAAAAUAAUCAGUUUGGAAUUCCACAUGUUAAUAAAAAAGUUCCUGGAUUGAUGAAAGAUGAAUGCUGUGGCAAGAUUAUGACAGAAUUCAUUGGUUUAAGAAGCAAAAUGUACAGUAUUUUGAUUAAUGGAGCCGCGACAGUGAAAAAAGCUAAAGGUAUAAAAUCUAAUGUUGUAAAGAAAUCAAUCACGUUCGAAGAUUAUCGAAAAUGCCUUCAGGAUCUUGUUAUUAUAAAACGUGAGCAGUGUAAUAUUCGUUCAAAAUUACACAUUGUGCAUACUGAGAAACAGGAAAAAAUUGCUCUAAGUCCACACGAUGAUAAAAGAUUCUUAUUGCCUCAUAGUACUGACACUUUGCCUUGGGGACAUUACAGAAUUAUGGAAGAACAGAUGGCGCAAGCUGCAAUGCAAGUAGAGGGAGAUGCGGUGGAGGGGAUUGUAGUGGAGGAGAGGGGCAACAAUGGCGAAGGACGAAAAAGAGAGGGAGAAAGUGAGUGGGGGCAUGAAGCAACCAAUGAGAAUGCUUCGCGGGUGGGGAUGACACUUUAUGCUGAUGGAGGGGAACCAAUCAGGAUUGAAUAUGAUGUUUUAGAGGAGUUUAUGCACGAGUGGGAUCCAUCAUUGGAUAGGUUAGGAACUGAACAAGAAGAGAGAAGUGAUAUAUUACUAGAGGCUAUGGAAGGGGCAGAAAUUGUGGUGGGAAACGGGCUAUAUGAACGGACGCAGCACGAUGAACAGCACAUUCGAGAAAUCGAAGCGAACAACCAACCUUGUGCAAAGAGACCAAGACUCACCUAACUCUAAAAUAAAAUGGAUCUAUCUGCACUCAACAAGAUUGCCGAGCGCGAGUUCUUGCCUAAGAAGAAAGUCACGGACUUAGAAAAAGAUCAUGACUAAAUGGUGACUGCACUCAAGGAGGUGAAG